GAAACAGAACUCGAGUUUUCUUCAGUAAAAAUCAAAAUGGCCCGUACCAAGCAAACUGCCCGCAAAUCCACUGGUGGAAAGGCUCCAAGGAAGCAACUAGCCACUAAGGCUGCAAGAAAGUCAGCUCCGGCUACCGGAGGAGUGAAGAAGCCUCACCGUUUCAGGCCAGGAACUGUGGCUUUAAGGGAAAUCAGGAAGUACCAGAAGUCUACUGAGUUGUUGAUCAGGAAGCUUCCAUUUCAGAGGCUCGUGAGGGAAAUUGCUCAGGAUUUCAAAACAGAUCUGAGGUUCCAGAGCAGUGCUGUGGCUGCUCUACAAGAGGCUGCUGAGGCUUACCUCGUUGGUCUCUUUGAAGAUACCAAUCUUUGUGCAAUCCACGCCAAGAGGGUCACUAUCAUGCCCAAGGAUAUUCAGCUUGCUAGGAGGAUCCGCGGAGAAAGGGCUUAAGAAGAAACUUUUAAUGGUUAAAGUGAAUUAGGGUUUAUCUGCUAGGCUUAGUGGUGUAAAUCCUAAUAGAUAGUUUUAGUUGAAGUAGGUGUAAACUGCUGGUUUACCAGUUUCUGGAUCUGAUUAAUGAAAAUUU